UGAUUACUUCUCAACUUGAGCUUGGUUGAACAAACACAGGUACGUUGAAGCCCAAACUGCACAAGGCGUACGCUACAGUCCAAAGAAUGGGGGCAAGCUUUGGUACACCACCCCAGCUUCCUGAUAUUGAACUGAAAGGGAAGACGAUUAUAGUCACAGGUGCAAAUACUGGAAUUGGGUAUGAGACAGCGAAGACUCUUGCCCAACUCGGGUCAAAGGUCAUUCUAGCAUGCCGUUCAGAAGAAAAAGCGAAUCAGGCUAUACAACGAAUGAAAGAGGAACACAUCCAAGAAAGGUCCUCGGAGAAAGAUGCCAAGAUUAUUAUCAAGGCUGAUGAACUUGAUGUAGAGUUCAUGCCCCUUGACCUCGGGUCAUUGGCAAGUACUGUGACCUUUGCUAAGGAGUACAAGGCCAAGGGAUAUUCUCUCCACGUGCUCCUAUGCAACGCUGGAAUGGCCUGGGGGCCGGAUGAACCAACCGCUGACGGAUUCGAGAUUCACUUCCAGGUCAACUAUCUGUCACACUUCCUGUUGAUCCUGUAUUUACUUCCGGUGUUGAAGGCGACAGGUAACGAUACACGGAUCGUUUUAAUAUCGUCGUUGAUGCAUCGGUUCUCAAAAUGGGACCCUCAUGAUAUACAGUGCUUCAACGAGAAAGAUAAGAUGACUGUUUAUGGAACGACAAAAUUAUACCAGAUUAUGCAGAUGUUUUCUUUAGCGAGAAGAUUGAAGGGGUCAAAGGUCAGCGUGUUUUCUGUUCAUCCUGGGGUCGUUGCUACAGAAAUCAACUCCAGGGAAGACCAGCCAGUCACACGAAGUACCAAGAUCUUCCUGUGGGCGACCAAGUCAUUAAGAAUGAUGAGAAAUCCUUUCGACGGAGCGUUGACGGGACUUCACGCCGCGGCUAACCCGGUGUACGAUGGGAAGACAGCGCUGUAUUUUGAGAGUUCGAAGCCACAGACUCUCACCGCUCUGCCAAGAGACGAGGCGAAACAGGAGAUCCUAUGGAAUUACACCUUAGACUGUCUCAAGGAUUACGUCACAGAAGAAAUGCUUCAUGAACUAAACGUAGUCUGAAAUUUGACAAGAAUGCGUUUCGUAUAAUUAUUUACAUUAAAUUAUAUCAUCCACACAAAUUAUAUUGGAAAAAUUAGUUUUUUUUUUUUAAAGACGUCAUAAUGACAUCGUCACUGCAUGAAUGCGACAAAAUUAUCUUGGAAAAAAUAGUCUUUUAAAGAUGUCAUGAUGACGUCGUA